AUGGUGCCACCAACGUUAGGGCAAGAAUUCUUCAGCAGAGCAACUGUGGAGGAAGGCAACGGUGCCACCAACGUUAGGGCAAGAAUUCUUCUCCCAGGUUUUCUCCACAGCGUGAAACUCAAGUACCUCAAGUUAGGUUACCCCUACUUAAUCUCAAAUCUCUUAACCCUAUCUUUCAUCCCCUUAAUCAUAAUCACUUUAUUUCAAAUCUCACAAAAACAAAAUCUCAACCUCAUCCAUAUCAUCACUUUCUCUGGUUUCACAGUCUUCGUUUUCAUUUUCCAUAUUCACACGCGCCCACGCGCCGUCUACCUCAUCGACUUCUCUUGUUUCCGUCCCGCCGAUCACCUUAAAGCUCCGUUCCACAGCUUCAUCCAACAUUCACAUCUCACCGGCGACUUUGACUACUCCUCUUUAGAUUUCCAGCGCAAGAUUCUUCUUCGAUCAGGUCUCGGUGAUGAAACCUACGCUCCCGAAGCCAUGCACUGCAUUCCUCCCCGUCCUUCAAUCUCCGCGGCCAUAUGUGAAGCAGAAUCAGUCAUGUUUGGUGCGUUGGAUAAUCUUUUCAUCAACACAAACCUAAAUCCAAAAGAAAUUGGAAUUCUCGUUGUGAAUUGUAGUUUGUUUAACCCUACACCUUCACUUUCUUCCAUGAUUGUUAAUAAAUAUAACCUGAAAAGUAACGUUAAGAGUUUCAAUUUAGGUGGAAUGGGUUGUAGUGCUGGUGUUGUAGCUUUUGAUCUUGGAAGAGAUUUGUUGAUGGUUCAGAAGAAUGAUACCUAUGCUGUUGUUGUUAGCACUGAAAAUAUUACUCAGAAUUGGUACUCUGGGAAUAAAAAAUCAAUGCUUAUACCUAACUGUUUGUUUAGAGUUGGUGGUUCAGCUUUGUUGCUAUCGAAUAAAUCUGUUGAUAGAACCAGGGCUAAGUAUAAGCUUGUUCAUGUUGUGAGGACGAAUUGCGGUGCAGACGAGAAGGCUUAUCGAUGUGUUUAUCAGGAAGAAGAUGCUGUGGGGAAAACCGGUGUUUCUUUGUCGAAAGACUUGAUGGGAAUUGCUGGGUUGACAUUGAAAACCAAUAUUAUCACACUUGGUCCUUUGGUGCUUCCGGUUACUCAGCAACUUAGGUUUUUUGCUAAUUUGGUUUUGAGGAAGUUUUCUAAUAGUGAUGUGAAGCCUUAUAUACCAAAUUUCAAACUCGCCUUCGACCAUUUCUGUAUACAUGCAGGUGGAAGGGGUGUGAUUGACGAGUUGGAGAAGAAUCUUGACUUGCUUCCCGUACAUGUGGAGCCUUCUAGGAUGACGCUUCAUCGAUUCGGGAACACUUCGUCCAGUUCUAUUUGGUAUGAAUUGGCGUAUAUUGAAGCUAAAGGGAGGGUAAAAAAGGGCAACAGAGUUUGGCAAAUUGCAUUCGGAAGUGGUUUUAAGUGUAAUAGUGCUGUUUGGGAGGCAAUUCGGGAUGUGAAUCCUUCUCCUUAUGGACCAUGGGAAGAUUGCAUUGAUAAGUAUCCUGUGGAAAUACUCACAUAG